GAAACUCUAAGUUUAUCAUGGCGUACAAAUUCGGGAUCCGUUCAUCUCUGACCUUGCUUGGUCUGCAAACAAGCAAGCAACAUCUAGGAAUCGCGAGAAAAGGUUUAAUUCGCAUGCAGCAAACGCACGCUGCAAUGGAAAACGUCGACCCGAAAUCAUACGACCAAAUUCCAGGGCCGAAGGGCCUGCCACUAGUUGGAACACUUUUUGACUACGUUCGAAAUAAGGGUCACACAAGAGUGCAUGAAAUUCAGGCCGAGCGAGUUCAAGAAUAUGGAGAGAUCUAUCGGGAGAAACUCCUUGGUCUGGAUACUGUAACCAUCUCCAACGCUGACGAUGUUCAGUAUUUGUUUCGAAACGAAGGAAAAUACCCCCAAAGGGAACCUCAGUUUCCUCUAUGGAUGAAAUAUAAAGAAGAACGGAAACAGGCCCACGGAGUGUUCAGCUUACAAGGAGAGGAUUGGUUUAAAGUUCGUCGAGUGUUGAACAUGAAAAUGCUGAAACCUAAAGUUGUUGGUGAAUACUCAAAGCCACUAAAUGAUGUCAUAUCUGACCUGUUACAUCGGACUAAACAGACACGUGAUAGUGAUGGUGGCAUUCCAGACAUUCAACAGGAACUCUUCAAAUGGUCUUUGGAAUCGGUUGGCACGGUCCUUUUUGAAACAAGAUUUGGCACCUUUGGCAAAUCGCCGUCACCAGAAGCUGCCAAGUUUAUUGAAGCAGUGGGGAAAAUGUUCAAUCUGAUUCUGAAGGUAUAUGUUAUACCUCUUUGGAUUGACAAAUUCUACAGACCAAAGAGCUUUCGAGAAUUUUACGACUGCAUGGAUGUGAUGUACGACUUUGGCAACAGCUGUAUCGAAAACAAGUUGAGCGAAAUUCGCAGAAGACUGGAAAAUGGAGAAGAACAGGAUGAAGAUGCAGCGGAGUUUUUGAGUUUUCUGAUCAGCAGAGAUGACAUCAGUUCCACAGAAAUAACUGCAAACUUGGUGGAGAUAUUGAUGGCUGCUGUGGAAACGACGUCAAACACAAGCCUGUGGACUUUAUAUCUGCUUGCCCGAAAUCCUUCUGUACAAAAGCAGCUUCAUGAAGAGGUUAGCGCAGUUCUUCAACCAGGUGAACUAGCAACUCCUGCAACUUUACAAAAAAUGCCUUUUCUUAGAGGAUGUGUCAAGGAAACCUUAAGGCUUUAUCCAGUCGCUACGGAAAACGCUCGCAUGCUUCAGGAAGACAUCGUCAUUCAGGGCUACCGCAUACCACCAAACACGAUGAUACGUGUUCCACUGUAUGCAAUGGGUCGUGAUCCAGCACUGUUUGAUGAUCCUUUGGAGUACAAACCUGACCGGUGGCUGAGGGAUGACACGAGCAAGUCCCAUUAUCAUGCGUUCGCCUCGCAACCUUUUGGAUUUGGCACCAGGAUGUGCCUUGGUCGCCGUGUGGCAGAACUGGAAAUGCAUCUUCUUUUAUCUCGGGUGUCGCAGAACUUCUGGCUUGAGUCGCUUAAUGAAGUGAAACCAAGGAUCACUGCGCUUCUUGUCCCGGACGGAGAAGUCAAAUUGAGAUUUAUUGACCGCUGAUAUCAAACGGAUCUUAAAUGCACUAUACCAGCACAUCUGUUGCGUUUGAAACCUCAAUUUCAUCUGAUAAUUAGAGAUAAAA